CGGAAAAGGAUAUUCGCAACAUUAGUCUUGAUCAACCAAGUCGUCGCUAUUGGAGACUUCAUCCAGGAGGGCUUAUAUGAUAUGCACCUUCCAUUCUAUCUUCCAGACCAAAAGCUCGACCUUCAUGGCGACGUAUAUCGGCUAUCAAACCCUGAGGAAGACAACACAAAGAUACCGAUUCCCUUGUUUUCGGGCUGGAAGAGCCUAGAGCGAGAGAACUUCGAGAAGUAUCAGUGGCAGUUUUUGGCUCCCUUUUUUGACGUGAUGUCAGGAGAGAAUUCUCGACCCUUGCAUUAUGUUUUGGAGGACAGUCGUAUCCUGCCCUUUAUUGAGGAUCUUGAGGGCAAGGGACCAGAGCCGGUAAUCUCAGGGGGUUAUUCAGAGGUUUGGCGCGUUAAAAUCCAUCCGGCUCACCACAGCAACUCCUCGCAAACGAACCCUGAUUUCGCAGUAAAGCGUCUCCGACCAAGUGACAGGAGUCUGGAGACGUUUAAAAGAGAAGUUGCAACCCUCAAAAGACUCAGUCGCCAAGAUCAUCUCUACCUCAUGAGGCUACAGCUCACUUACCUGUGGCGCGGCAAUUAUCAUCUACUAUUCGACUGGGCUGAUGGCAACUUGAAGAACUUUUGGGAAAUGCAUCCUAGCCCAGGAGAUAUUCCCCGGUCUCACGAAUUCGCCAUAUGGGUCGCUGAACAGCUACUCGGUCUUACUCAAGGCUUGAAAGCGAUACACUCGUGCCCGCCUGACUUGGCAUUAGAAGACGGAGCUGGAGAAGACGAAUAUGCUGCAGAAAGAACCCGCGGACGACACGGAGACCUUAAACCCGAGAAUAUUCUAUGGUUCAAGCAAAAUCAGCAAUUUCAAUGCAAUGACAACCAGCCGCAUCAUCUGGGAAGAUUAGUAAUAUCCGACUUCGGCUUGACACAGUUCCACCGCCUUGUAACUGGUCGAGUGGAUCCAGUCAAUGUUGCCCGAACUCCAACAUACAGGCCUCCGGAGUAUGACAUUGGCGAUGAGAUUACACAGAGCUUCGAUAUCUGGACUUGGGGCUGUGUUCUUCUUGAGUUCUCUAUAUGGUAUCUCAAAGGAUUCAAAGCUUGGGACGGGUUCUCUCGCGAGCGGACCGAA